AUGAACACCUGUGUUGGAGCUAUCCUUGGUCCUGAUUACCUGGAGAAGAGAAAGAGGGAGGCUGAGAUUGAAAACAAAAGAAGACAACUUGAGGAUGACCGCAGACAACUCCAGCACCUCAAGUCAAAGGCAUUGAGAGAGCGGUGGCUGUUGGACGGAGCGCCAUCCAGUGGAGAAGAUGAGGCACAGAAACAAUUACAAGAGGAUGAAGCCAAGACCAAACUACUGGAGCAGACCAUCCUCAGACUAGAACAGGAGAUUGAUGAGCUUGAGACUGGAGUGCCUUUGAAUAAAGGAGAAAAUGCACCUGAUGGUCCAGCGAAGGCAGUUGAGAACGGCAUACAGCAGCCCAGCCCGAACGCAGAUCAAAAUAGCAAGAAACAGAUCACAGGCAUCGAGGCCAAACUGCAGUGCACCAACCCCGACGUAGCCAUUGAGAAUGCCAGCGCAGAGCAUCCCGUCACCAUGGUGUUCAUGGGCUACAAGAAUGUAGAGGACGAGGCCGAGACCAAGAAGACGCUGGGCAUAGAGGAGACAGUGAAAGCUGAAUUUGUGGUCAUUGAGGACGGCGAGAGCAAAGCUGGGAACGAAGGGGCCAAAGAGGACCAGGCCCCACCUAACGGCAGCACCUCCAGUCCCGACAAAGCUCAGGAUGAAGCCAAGAAGGAGGAAUCGAAAGAAGGCGGCAAUUCGAAAGAAAAGCAGCCGUGCAAGUGCUGCACAGUCAUGUGAGUGAGCAACCGCUCACCCUGAAGUUAAGACUCUGACAGAAAACUGACCCCCUGACCAUAACACAACAAUGAAUAAGUAUACCCCGUAUACUUAUAAUUAACUUUUGUUGUCUAGUAUGUAUUUCUUUUUUUAUUUCUAUUAAUAUUUUUCUAUAUUUCUGUCUUGACAUUUAUAUAUCUAUAUAUACAUAUAUUUUCAUUAUGUAAUCUUAUGAAGUCCAGUAUUUUGCUUGUUGAAGAACAGAAAAAUGAGGACCACGACAGAUUCCGCUUUAGACAAAAACACAGUUAAAAGAACAAUUUUGUGGCCCUCAUCCUUAUUUUGUUUUAAGAAAAAUAAGAUGAACGUCUCGAUAUAUAUGAACUAGCUAUUUAUCUCCCAUAUGCAUUUGUGUUUUUAAGAUAUUACUUUAUAACUGAGAAGAAAUUACUAUAUUGAUAUUACAAUGUUAUGCUUUUAAUAUAUAUUUUGAGCCUUUUGUUUUGUUUUUUGUUUUUGCCAAAUCAUCUCAGACCACUGUGAACACUGGUACAUGGAGUGUCGUCUUUGUCCACAAUCAUACAUUCUGCAUUACACCACAUAGUAGGCCGAUAUGUUUGUAAAUAUGAUGCAAUUAUUUAUGACUGUUCAUGCUAUGGUAGAAUACAUGUAAUCACGUUUUAUUAAAAUAAAUAAUUACUGUAUUACUGCUGUAAUUACCCCAGAUCCCAAUUAUAACCACAGCAG